CCGGCCAGGAGGUGGCGGCGGCGGCGGCGGCAGCGGUUACUCUGCCGGGCUGGGGCUCGGCGGCGCGCCGGGUGCUGCUGAGCCGGUGCUGAUAGGGGCCGCGGCGGCUGGGGCCGAGCCGCGCCGCAGCGGGGCGCGUGCGAGGGUGAAGCGCGGGCUCCUUCCCCGCGAGGAGCCGCUGCCUGCCGGGGGUGCGACUGGGAGCCCGCCCCUCUCGUUGCCACCCCCCCCGCCCGUUCGCGGGGCGGGGCGGGGCUGGCCCGGCCCGCCGGAGCAGGGCGAGGGAAGCGGGCACCUUGUGCGCCAAGCAGGCGGCGGCAGAUUCCCGCUGCUUCCCGAGGCGCCGUCCACCGUGUGGCUGGGCAGCGGCCGAGAUUGUACACCUCAUAUGACUAACUUGAAGAAAAGGAGCUCACUAUGGGACAACAUUCAAGAUUCCUCUCUGGAAAGGGUUACUGAUGUCACACUCUUCUAUUAGCGUGAUGUGUAUCUGCACAUCUGACUGUCUUCAUAUCUAAAGGACUUAUUUUACAUUUGCAAGUACCUCAAGUAAAAAUUUUUGUUCCUUUUUGGAAAUUGUUUCCUCAUACUAAGGACUGCAUACAUCAUGGGUGAUAUGGCUAACAACUCAGUUGCAUACAGUGGUGUAAAAAAUUCUGUAAAAGAAUCUAAUCAUGGAGAUUUUGGAAUCUCUCUUGAAGAGCUCCGUGCCCUUAUGGAACUGCGAUCUACAGAUGCAGUGCAUAAAAUACAAGAAUGUUAUGGAGAUGUCUAUGCUAUCUGCACAAGAUUGAAAACUUCACCAAAUGAAGGUCUAAGUGGAAAUCCAGCAGAUAUAGAGAGAAGAGAAGCAGUGUUUGGGAAGAACUUUAUACCUCCUAAAAAGCCAAAAACAUUUCUUCAGUUAGUAUGGGAAGCACUACAGGAUGUUACCCUAAUUAUAUUAGAAAUUGCAGCCAUAAUAUCAUUGGGCCUUUCUUUUUACCAGCCUCCAGGAGGGAAUGAAGCUGCAUGUGGAGCAGUGACUGUUGGUGAAGAAGAGGAGGAAGGUGAAACAGGUUGGAUUGAAGGAGCUGCAAUCCUUUUAUCUGUAGUUUGUGUGGUAUUGGUAACAGCUUUCAAUGACUGGAGUAAAGAGAAACAGUUUAGGGGGCUGCAGAGCCGCAUCGAACAAGAACAGAAGUUCACUGUCAUCAGGGGUGGACAAGUUAUCCAAAUACCAGUAGCUGACAUAAUUGUUGGGGAUAUUGCGCAAGUAAAAUAUGGUGAUCUUCUGCCAGCUGAUGGUGUACUUAUUCAAGGAAAUGACCUUAAAAUUGAUGAAAGCUCGUUGACUGGAGAAUCAGAUCAGGUUAAGAAGACUUUGGAUAAAGAUCCUAUGCUGCUGUCAGGUACCCAUGUGAUGGAAGGCUCUGGAAGAAUGGUAGUUACUGCUGUAGGUGUGAACUCUCAAACUGGAAUUAUUUUUACCUUACUUGGGUCUGGAGGAGAAGAUGAAGAGAAAGAGAAGGAGAAAAAAGACAAGAAAAGUAAAAAACAAGAUGGAGCUGUUGAGAACCGUAACAAAGCCAAAGCUCAAGAUGGUGCAGCCAUGGAAAUGCAACCCUUGAAGAGUGAAGAUGGUGGAGAUGGAGAUGAAAAAGACAAGAAGAGAGCAAACAUGCCAAAGAAAGAAAAAUCAGUUCUACAAGGCAAACUUACAAAGCUAGCAGUUCAGAUUGGCAAAGCAGGUUUGUUGAUGUCUGCAAUCACAGUCAUUAUCCUUAUCUUGUAUUUUGUAAUUGAUACCUUCUGGGUUCAGAAGCGACCGUGGCUUGCUGAAUGCACACCAAUUUAUAUUCAGUACUUUGUGAAGUUCUUCAUUAUUGGAGUUACAGUCCUGGUGGUGGCAGUACCAGAAGGUCUUCCACUUGCAGUCACUAUUUCACUGGCUUACUCUGUAAAGAAAAUGAUGAAAGAUAAUAAUUUGGUGAGACACCUGGAUGCUUGUGAAACAAUGGGCAAUGCAACAGCCAUUUGCUCAGAUAAAACUGGAACAUUGACCAUGAACAGAAUGACAGUGGUGCAGGCUUUUGUCAGUGAAAAACAUUAUAAAAAAAUUCCAGAACCAGAUGCUAUUCCUGAGAAAACUUUGGCUCAUCUUGUAACAGGAAUUUCUGUUAAUUGUGCUUAUACUUCCAAAAUACUGCCUCCUGAAAAAGAAGGUGGCCUACCACGUCAUGUUGGUAAUAAAACAGAAUGUGCCUUGCUGGGAUUGCUUCUGGAUUUAAAACGAGAUUAUCAGGAUGUAAGAAAUGAAAUACCAGAAGAGGCACUGUACAAAGUAUAUACCUUCAACUCAGUCAGAAAAUCAAUGAGUACGGUGUUAAAAAAUUCUGAUGGCAGUUUUCGGAUAUUCAGCAAGGGUGCCUCUGAGAUAGUUCUUAAAAAGUGCUUCAAAAUAUUGAGUGCUAAUGGUGAACCAAAGGCAUUCAGACCUAGGGACCGUGAUGAUAUUAUAAAAACUGUGAUUGAACCUAUGGCCUCUGAGGGACUCAGAACUAUAUGUCUAGCAUUCAGAGACUUCCCAGCAGGAGAACCUGAGCCAGAGUGGGAUAAUGAAAAUGAUAUUGUCACUGGUCUUACAUGCAUUGCAGUUGUAGGGAUUGAAGAUCCUGUGAGGCCUGAGGUACCAGAUGCAAUAAAAAAAUGCCAGCGUGCUGGUAUAACUGUGCGUAUGGUCACUGGUGAUAACAUUAACACUGCUCGUGCUAUUGCUUUAAAAUGUGGCAUUUUGAAUCCUGGUGAAGACUUCAUAUGUCUAGAGGGAAAAGACUUCAACAGACGAAUACGUAAUGAAAAAGGAGAGAUAGAGCAAGAGCGAAUAGAUAAGAUUUGGCCAAAGCUUCGUGUGCUUGCAAGAUCUUCACCCACUGACAAACACACAUUGGUAAAAGGUAUAAUUGACAGCACUGUCACAGAGCAGAGACAAGUUGUAGCUGUAACUGGAGAUGGUACUAAUGAUGGUCCAGCAUUGAAGAAAGCAGAUGUUGGCUUUGCCAUGGGUAUUGCUGGAACAGAUGUAGCUAAAGAAGCUUCUGAUAUUAUUCUCACAGAUGAUAACUUCACAAGCAUUGUUAAAGCAGUUAUGUGGGGACGAAAUGUUUAUGACAGUAUCUCCAAAUUUCUUCAGUUCCAGCUUACUGUCAAUGUCGUAGCAGUAAUAGUUGCUUUCACAGGAGCAUGUAUUACACAAGAUUCUCCACUUAAAGCUGUGCAGAUGUUGUGGGUAAAUCUCAUAAUGGACACAUUAGCAUCUCUUGCUCUGGCAACGGAACCACCUACCGAAUCUCUCUUGCUGCGGAAACCUUAUGGUAGAAAUAAACCUUUGAUCUCUCGCACAAUGAUGAAGAAUAUUUUGGGUCAUGCAGUCUAUCAACUUGUGGUAGUCUUUACACUCCUGUUUGCUGGUGAAAAAAUUUUCGAUAUUGAUAGUGGGCGAAAUGCACCUCUGCAUGCUCCUCCUUCAGAGCAUUACACUAUUGUUUUUAAUACAUUUGUGAUGAUGCAACUUUUUAAUGAAAUCAAUGCCCGGAAAAUCCAUGGUGAAAGAAAUGUUUUUGAAGGAAUCUUCAACAAUGCUAUCUUCUGUAUUAUUGUUCUGGGCACGUUUAUUGUGCAGAUAAUUAUUGUACAAUUUGGUGGGAAACCUUUCAGUUGUUCAGAACUUACAGCGGAACAAUGGCUAUGGUCCAUUUUCCUGGGAAUGGGAACACUACUCUGGGGCCAGCUGAUCUCAACAAUUCCAACCAGCCGUUUGAAAUUCCUUAAAGAAGCUGGGCAUGGAACACAGAAGGAGGAGAUUCCUGAAGAAGAGUUUUCAGAAGAUGUAGAAGAGAUUGAUCAUGCUGAAAGAGAAUUGCGUCGUGGUCAGAUCUUGUGGUUUAGGGGCCUGAACAGGAUACAAACUCAGAUGGAUGUAGUGAAUGCUUUCCAGAGUGGAAGUACCAUUCAGGGGGCUCUAAGGCGGCAACCUUCCAUCGCCAGCCAGCAUCAUGAUGUAACAAAUAUUUCUACCCCUACACAUGUAGUGUUUUCCUCUACUACUGCUUCUACUACUGUGGGGUAUCCGAGUGGUGAAUGCAUUUCGUAGUUCCUUAUAUGAAGGAUUAGAAAAACCUGAGACACGAAGUUCAAUUCACAAUUUUAUGACACAUCCUGAGUUUAGAAUAGAAGAUUCUGAGCCUCAUAUUCCCCUUAUUGAUGAUACUGAUGCUGAAGAUGAUGCUCCAACAAAACGCAACUUCACUCCUCCCCCUUCUCCCAACAAAAAUAACAAUGCGGUUGACAGUGGAAUUCACCUUACAACAGACAUGAACAAGUCUGCUACCUCUUCAUCCCCAGGGAGCCCACUACAUAGUUUGGAAACAUCACUCUGAUUGUAAGCUGAAUGUUAACACACUAGCUGCAUUGUAAAGAAACAAAUUGAAACUGGGUCUUUUCACACAUUGUGAUGGACAAGAUAGUAGUCUUGUCCUGGACUUCAACAGAAGACACACUUGUACGAAUGUAGAUUUAUUUUUUUAAAAAAGCUUUCUGCCAGACUUGAGGGUGCUGUUGGGGGGCGGGGAUAAUAAUGAACUCUGACAGAUAAACAGUAACUCAGCAUAAGUGACCUGCGGAUCAUCAGUUGUACUUAAUGAUCCUGAACAGUGUGUUUAGAACUUUAGUUUAUCUUGAUCCUUUUGAGGGGAGGGCUGGGAAGGGCAAAGAAGCCUUGGAUCAUUGAAUCGAUACUUAAAUUUCUGCUGUUGGCUGUUAAUAAUUUGGAUUAUUUAUGUUUAUAAAUGAUACAGAUCUGUUUACAAGGUUUGUAGAUACUUUUUUGUUCCUGUUCAUAGAUGGGAAGCUUCCUUAUAAAUGAUGCAGAGAAAAAAAUUAGUCCUUCAAAUACUGCUGUAUUUUCAGGAAAAGGGUGUUUCUAUUGAAACUGUACUAAAUUUUGCCUGCAAUUUACUUUGUUAAAUAUUGUAGAUAAAUUGCUAAUACUAAUAGCCAAAUAGAUAACACUAAUGCUUUGUAAAAACAUGAGCAGUGGUGUUCUAAUGAAGUUAUGGCCUCUGUCCUAAUUAGUUUCUUAAAUACAUUUACUACUUAAUGGUUUUGAAACAACUGUUUAAUUUUUAAAAAUUUUGAGAAACUUACUGAAUAACUCUUUUGUUCAGAAUUUAGUAGAGGAUUGUUUAAUGCGGGACAUCAAUAUGUGGUGGAACUUGCUUGAAAUACUUUUGUUAUCUCAGGCAAAAUGGAUUAAAUCAAAAUACAUCAGAACCUUAGUCCUCCUUUUUGUUUUUGUCUAAACAUGUUAGCUUAGUGUGCUGUCUUGGUGAAUUGUGAGUGGAACUGUGAUUUUUCUAAUGUAUAGAAUCCUUCAUACAGCAUGAGGGCUGUUGGCAUUUUGAAAGGCUGUUAGUAGGUAGCAUACCUGUUUUCCUUUUUGUUUUUGGAAUUUGUUUGUAAACAUGAAUAAAUCUGCCCUUUUAUUAAAAUAAAUAUGCAGCGAUGGUUUUUUACAGAUUUUUCUCAGCUUCAUUGGAAACAUUGAAAAGGUAGACUGCUUUAUAUUACUAGUAAAAUUAAACUACAAUUUCAAGAUGGUAACAGCCCCAUUUAAAAAGCACUUUUAUAAAUCAGAUGUUGGUGACUGCCCUACAGAAUGGAUGUAAGUUAAGGCACCCCCAAAAAAAUCUUCAUUGAGUCAAAUGGAUAUUUCUGGUGACUGAUUGUGAUUGAAAAAUUAUCUCAGGGUGAAAAGACGUAAUGUGAAUAGUAAAUAAUGUCUUGUUUUUCAUUUAUAUAACUUACUGUAUUAAACCCUUCAAAAUCCAAAUAAAAUCAGGUUAGCUCACAUGGGGUCAGCUCACAAGUUGUUUGCAUGUUCUUAGUUAAGCAAUAGUUUUUGGCACCAAAAAAUGACCUGCUAGCAAUUGGGUGAAUAAGAGUCACAUUGUCUCCACCAAUUGGAUUAUUGUUCUACCAAACACCCUCACCCCAGAAUCCCAUUCUUCCUUAGCUUUCCUCUUCUGCAUGUAACUUUUUCACCUUUCUGUCUCCUAGUUUUGUUUUUAGCCAGUGGAACUAAUUCAGGGUGAGAGUCCUGAUAUUCACUAGCUCAGAUAAAUAGUCCAGAUAUAGAUAUGGUUGACUGAGGGAAACUGCCUACAUCCCUAAAGAUAGUGUUUUCCUUUCUGAGCUAUGGCAGCAGGUACCAUCAGAGCUCAAACUAUUAAAUGAGUUUUUUGUGAGCUGUUGUAGAUUUUCGUAGGAGCUGCACUAGCCACACAAGGGAUCCUGGUGUAUAUCUGAACCCUGAAGGUAAACGCCAAUUGCCCACGUGAUAGAGGAGUGCAUAAACCACUUGAAGGAAUCCGGCUAGUAAUGACAGGAAAGAGAAAAAACAAUCUAAAAAACUCAGGAUGCAGAAGAAAUUGGGUUAAAAGGCAUUAAACUUAGAGUGCAGACUGCUCUUUUAUGGGUCUGAUCUAUAUAAACUCUCUGGAGUUGUUAGAAAACAAUGAAAAUAUUAAGACUGAAAAAAAAUUUAGUGGAGGCAAUCAUUCUUGGGGUUUCAAGCACGGUAUCCCACUGUCAACCAUUCUUUAAACUCCCCCCCCCCCCCCCCCCGCGGUAUGCCCAUAGACUUGGAAAGAAGAAGGCUUCCUUUCUAGGCAUGGGAUAUUUGUACUUAACACUUUUAUAUGGCAACUUCUCCCAGAGCUUCUUAGAAUACUAGUAACUGGAAAAAAAAAAUGUAAGUUCUGACUUCUGGUAGGCUCAGACAUUCUCCCUACCUAACUUCCUCAAUAAAUGACAGCUUUAAAAUGGGAAGAAGCUGUUUGAGUCUUUCUUAAAAUGACCCUGCCUGGUGCAAUUGAAUUGCAUGCUAAUUUUUACCUUAAUUUAAAAUUAAAACUCCUCCCUCCCCCCUCCCGCCCUAACAGUGGUCAUGAUUCCAUUAUACCUUUAAAAAACCAGAAUCAUACACUUAAGCAGUUGGGGGAAACAUAAAAAUGUGUAGGCUUUGUGCACAAAUGCUUCCUCUGAUCAUGUUGACAUGCAGUACAUUGACUUUGCCUCAUAGCAAAUGUAAGUGAAACCUGAAAUUUGGAAUACUUGUUUAAAAAGGGAAAUGUUUUCUUUCUUAUUGUGAUCGCAACAAACCAUGACAUCAUGUUGUUAAGCUUAUAAAAAUAAUUAUCACUUUUAGCUGCUGAGCCCUUUAUUACCUUUCUGGUUGUAAGGUUUACUUGUCUUGCUCAUUGUAACACAAAUAAAUAAAUGUGCUGUUCAUCUCCA